UUGCAUAAUUAAUCCACAAAUUGCCAGUUUUCAUGGAGCAAGAUUAUGUUGAACCCUAUUGCCAGUGGAAAAGAGAAAAAGGUUAUGAUGCAAUCGAUAUCGAGCUUCAUGGUUUCAAUAUUGAUGAUGUGAAAGUAGCACUUAAACAAAUUGAAGGCAAAUAUAUGAUAUCAAUCAUGGCGGAAGAUCCAAGAUCUCUUCAUAAAAGAAUCGAAAUCCCAAAUGAUAUUUACAAUUUAGAGCAAAUUCGUGCAUUAUUUGGGAAUGGAAAACUCAAUAUUGAAUUACCCAAGAAAGUUGAGUCGAAUAAACUUGAAAUUCUGAUGCCCAAAUUAGAAUUUAAAAAGAUUUUAAAAGAAGAUAUGAAAAAUAAAUUUAUUUCUGCUGUUGAAUGUUUAUAUGCAAAUGGAAAAAUUCCAGCAUUUGGUUUUAUGUUAAUAGCUAGUGGGUUAUUUGCUUAUAAAAUUAUAUACAAUGUUAUGGCAUUUGAGAAGUAAAAUUAAAUGUGGAAAUUUAUUGUAAUCUUUUAUUAUUUAUUUUCCUUAUUCCACGUUGAUAUAUCAAUUGAACAUGAAGAAUAGAAA